AUGCUCAAGAUACAGCAGGUCGCGCUCGUCGCGUCGGGCUGCACCCUUAUCGCCGGCCUACGUCUCGCCUCGUCUCUGAUCGUGCUCGGGCUUGCCCCCGCGAUCAAGACGCCGUUGAUCUUCAUGUGGAACUGCUUCUUCAAGCCCUUCACUAAGAAGUCGGGCGAGGGCGACCAGAAGGACCACCUGAACGCAUUCUACGCCGGCCAAGCGUCUGUGUAUGACACGACCCGUGUUCACCUUCUCAAGGGCCGUGAAACCAUGCUGAGCCUCCUGGCGGCCCACCUGAAGGCCCAGCCUGUCCCCCUCGCCAAGCACGAUGCGCCCCGCAAGCCUCGCAUCUGGGUCGACAUCGGCGGUGGCACCGGCUGGAACAUCGAGAAGAUGGACGAGUACCUCCCGAUCACUUACUGGGAUGCCGUCUACCUCAUUGACCUCUGCGAGCCCCUCCUCGAGAUCGCCAAGGCGAGGUUCAAGGCCAAGGGCUGGAACAACGUUCACGUCUUGUGCCAGGACGCCUCGACCUUUGUGCUUCCCGAGUGGGAGGAUGGCACCCUCGACCCCCGCGGCAGCAUUACCGCCAUCACCCUGUCCUACUCUUUGUCAAUGGUAGGUACACAGCUUCACAACGAGUGCUUUGCCCCAGAGUCCGGCCUCCUCGGCGUCGUUGACUUUUACACCUCGCGUGACCUCGGCGUCAAGGAGCGCGCUAUCGGCACCCAGUCGAAGAGCAUGUCAUGGUUCGCCAAGUGGUUCUGGGAGUGCUGGUUCGAGUUUGACAACGUGCACCUGCACGGCUCGCGCCGCGACUACCUCGAGUACAAGAUGGGCACGAUCAAGACGUAUAACGCUCGCAACAACUUCCUGAACUCUUGGUUCAUCCAGAUCCCCUACUACAUCUUCCUCGGCUGCUCUCGCCAGCGUGACGCCACGAACGCGUCUCGGGCAUUCGAGAUGGAGGCGGGCAACCGCCUUGGCCAGGGCAAGGGCGGUCUCAUGACGCCUACCUCGCCGUUCCGUUCCCCGCAGUACAGCCCUACCAAGAUGGGCUCUAUUCCUGACCUGACUAUCGGCCCUGCUGCUCUCGAGCGUGCCAAGGCUGUCGAUAUCGAGCGUGGUGUUGACGACCGCGAGCUCACCCAGACCCUGUACGAGGCUGGCGCCCCGCUCAGUCCCUUCCACUACCAGCUGCGCAAGGCGUGGCGUGUCCCGUACCUCGAGGAGCAGAUCCACAAGGAGUUCCGCACGCACAUCUACGGAUGGACUUGGGAGGACCCUGCCGUCGAUGUCGAGAAGCUCGGUAUCAACAAGGACGACCACGUGCUCGCCAUCACGUCUGCUGGCGACAAUGUGCUGCACUACGCUCUCGCGGCCAAGUGUGAGCGCAUCCACGCCGUCGACAUGAACCCGUGCCAGGGCCACAUCCUCGAGCUCAAGCUUGCCGCGAUCCAGACGCUCGAGUACGCCGACUUCUGGCAGAUCUUCGGCGAGGGCGCGCACGAGCGCUUUGACGAGAUCCUGACCUCCAAGCUGUCCCCGUUCCUCUCCUCGCACGCCUACGCCUACUGGAAGACGCACGCGGACCAGUUCAGCAAGAACUUCUACUUCUGCGGCUACUCUGGCUUUGCCCUGCGCGUCGCCCAGGCUGCAUUCUGGAUCGCUGGCGUCAGCGGCGACGUCAAGCGCCUCUGCUACGCCAACAGCACCGACGAGCAGGAGCGGAUCUGGGAGAAGCGCCUGCGUCCCGUGUUCCUCAACCAGGUCAUGCUCAAAGGCUUCCUCGGCAACCCGGCUUUCAACUGGCAUGCCCUCGGCGUUCCCCGUAACCAGAUGAACUGCUUCCUUGAGGACGGCUCUGUCGCCGACUUUGUCAAGGCUACCCUCAACCCGGUCCCCUCCCUCGCCCGCCUCAAGGACGACAACUAUUUCUACUUCCUCUGCCUGAACGGAAAGUACAUCCGCUCCUCGUGCCCCGCGUACCUGAAGCCCGAGGGCUUCAAGGCGCUUCGCGACGCCAAGGUCAACAACGCCUUCAAGCUGCACACGGACACGAUCCUGAACGUCCUCCGCGGCCUCGGCGACGAGUCCCUCACCAAGGUCAUCGUCAUGGACAGCAUGGACUGGUUCGAUCGCAUUCCGCCCUCCACGCCUCUGCCGCCGGCGGGCUCGACCGCGCUCGACUCGACGGUGGACACGCCCGAGGCAGCGGUCGAGCACCUUCGCUCCGAGCUCGACUUUGAGAUCCUCGAGAUGCGCCGCGUGCUCAAGGUCGGCGGACACGCUGUCUGGCGCUCAGCCUCCAAGUACCCGUGGUACAGGCAGCGGUUCGAGCUGGCUGGCUUCAAGGUCGAGCCGAUUGACAUUCGCGAGAACGGUCAGGCGAUUGACCGCGUCAACAUGUACGCGAGCUCUAAUGAUCAGUCUGGCGGGCAGAGAAGCUUGCCUAAAACCGUUAAGUAG